AGUCGUGAUUAAGUGAACUACUACUAUUAUUAUUAUAGAUUUACACUUCUUUAAAAUUCGACAAACAACGAUUUUACUAUCGAAUUUUUUCAGACUUAAUUAGAGGUUUUAGAGCAUCAUUUUACAACGAUUUUAUUUUCGUCACCAAAUUUCAACUUUGUACAACAAAAAUGGUGGCAUUCGGCGAGCCGUGGCCGGAAUUUAACGCCGGAAUAUGUUACCGCGACCUGAUCCGCCGCUCCGACUCCGGCGCGACGCUGAUUGAGUUCUACUCGAGAAGAUACAAAAGUUCAGCACCGUUACACGGCUGGCUGCAGAGAAUUCACAAUAAGCAGAUUACAAUUGAUGGUUGUGUAGUGACUGAUCCUGAUGCGAUUACCAGGGAAGGUGCUGAAUUGGUUUAUCAUCGGCUUCCUUGGAAAGAGCCUGAUGCUCCAUACUUGCUGGAAAUUCUAUACGAAGACAAUGAUGUGAUUGCUCUUAAUAAACCCUCGGGAUUACAAGUUCUACCGGGAGGAUUGUUCCAGCAGCGAACUGUCUUGACACAACUCCAACGGCAUGCAGGCAAUCUGGAGGUAUCAGGAUGUCAAGAGCCCCAUCCUGUUCCAGCUCAUCGGCUUGGAAGGGGCACAUCAGGAGUACUACUUUGUGCCAAAACAAAGCUCGCGAAGUGUCGUCUUGCAGCAUUUUUUGCUGAUGGGACAUCAGUGGUUGGGGUAUCUAGGAACAAUGAUCCUCUACAGAAAACAACAAGGAGUAUAACAAAACUAUAUCGAGCCCUAGCAAGUGGAGUGAUCCUUGAGGAUGAGGUUGUGAUUGAUCAUCCCAUUGGUCUAGUUAAGUAUCCUGGUGUAGCCCAGGGGUUGUAUGUAGCCUCUCCUUCAGGGAAACCAGCCUUGAGCAAAGUAACAGUUCUGGAAAGGAAUGAGCGGAGCAAUUCCACAUUAGUCCAGGUUGAAAUCAAAUCUGGGAGACCUCACCAAAUCCGCAUCCAUCUUUCUUUCAUUGGGCAUCCUCUGGUCGAUGAUCCUCUUUAUGGCACGGAUGGGCAACCGAAGUAUACAGAUCAUGAAAUCAUCAAUGAAAGUUUUGGUCAAGAUGGAGGUUAUGAGAGGCCUGAAAAACCCGUUCCUGGUGAUUGUGGCUACCAUUUACAUGCUCAUCGCAUAGCUUUUGCCCAUCCUGCAACAAAUGAGCAAAUCUCUUGGUUUUGCAGAUAAUUGACAUCAUUGCUCCUCUCCCACAUAUUCUACGGCUGCUAGGAGAAUCAUCUAAAGCAGAAGAGGGUAUGUAAGCGUUACCGUUAAAUUUGUACUAUUUCCAUCGCUGUUUACUAUACAAAAAAUAUACACUAGCUAGCAAUCCAUAUUUUUUCCAUUGUAAUUAUACCUUUGAAGAAUUAUUUUCGUAGAUGAUCAGGCUCUCUUUUUAUUGUUCGUAUUCUCUUACUGGGAUUGCGAAAAAUAAAAAGUAAAAGAAUAACAAGUUUUAGGUUUCU